AGCCAACCUCGAUCGCAAACGGCACAAAGGGCAUUCCAUUGAAACCUCACAUACUCAACACACACAACUACUACCGACACAACCAACCCCUCCUCCAAAAUGCCACCCCCAAUCAACCCCGCGGCCGAAGAAAUCGCCGCCGCCCAAGCAGCCCACCAAGCCCUCAUCGAGAAGCUCGACAUCAACCACGUCCCGCGCUCCUUCCGCAACCCCUCCUGGAAGCCCAACCAGCGCCGCAACAAAAACAUCAAGACCAUCCUCGGCGACUCCUCUCGCAAAGAAGCCUCCUCCCUCAUGCCCACCCAAGACAACAGCGGCGCCGCGACCCCCGGCGGCGACGAGUCCGGCGGCACUUCCACCGCGGGCGACUCGACGCCCGCCUCGAGCGCGCCCGACAGGCGUCAGCCCCCGAACCUGGCGCAGGCGAGCAGGAACUUGAGUAAGCUUGUGCUGGAGCGGAAUAUGAACGCGAAGGCUACGACGGUUGGGGGGUGGGGCGCUGGGCCGGGAGCGACGUAUAUGAAUAUUGAGUCGGCGCCGACGCUGGCGCAUCCGAAGCACUACUGCGAUAUUACGGGGUUGGUGGCGCCGUAUACGGAUCCGAAGACUAGGCUGAGGUAUCAUAAUAAGGAGGUGUUUGCGGUGCUGAGGACCCUGGGACAGGGUGUUGCGGAACAGUACCUGGAGGCUAGAGGGGCGCACACGAUUCUGAAGUGAGGGGGGAGGGGAUAUGUUGUGUGAGGGUUAUGGGAGCACAUUUGGCAUUUGGCUAUUGGUCAUUUGAGGCAUGGAGUCACUCAAGCACGGAGUUUAAGGCAGGAACGGCGCUGGUUGAUACAGGGCAUCGGAUUCAUAAAACUAUGGGAUAGCUAAAUAAGGGGGUAUGUAUGCUCAAUCUAAGGUCUAUACUUCCAUGUGAAAUAUAUGAAGCUAGACAGACAAGACGGCAUGUUUGUUUCGUUGUGAGAUCAUCACAGUCAAGCUCAUUCCAUACGGCAACUGUCUUUCAACAACCGCAUCCUCGGAAGCGCUCCGGCUUAAUAGCG